GAGGCGGAGCGCGCAGCAGUGAGGCGGAGCGCGCAGCAGUGGCUGUGAGACGACGUCCUUCUCUUCACAACACAGGAAGAGUUUGUGAUCUGAAGUUAUUCUUGUUAAACACUAACGUCUUAAAAUAUCGGGUUGCAUCGCCUUGUGUCCAGCAGCUACCAGUUUAUCAAGGACAUUUACUGUCAAACAGGUAAAGAUAGUUAGCUAACGUGACGUUAGCAUCUCGACGUCACCGCAGGUAGCAGGUAGCUAGCAGCUAGCACCGACUCGUCUGUGAGCUUUGACUCCAGGACAACAUGAAGAGGCUUCUGCUGUGGUGUUUCUGUGUCCUCGCAUCGUCUGGAGUAACUGUUGGGAGUGAAAAAGAGCGAGUCGUCGUACCUGAAGGCGAUGAUGCUGUUCUACCCUGUUCCCUCAGCACCAAGGAGGACCUGACACGACAGGACUUUCUCUGGAGGAAAGAUGAUCAGAAGGAGGUGUUCCUGUAUGAAGAAGGCCAACAUUCCAUUGGCGGCCGUGGAAGCCAAGAUGGGCAGUUCAAAGGUCGCGUCUCCUAUUUUGAAGACAAACUGAAGAACGGCGACGCCUCCAUAAAGAUCAUAAAUACGACGGUGGCUGACCGUGGAACAUACACCUGUGUUUUUCCACUUCAUGACCGUCAAACGUUCCUCAUUGAGCUUGUUGUUGAAUCAGUCGUCAAAGACCGAUCAGGAGAAAACACAGCUGCAGCUCCAAAGCCGUACAUCACAAUACUUGAUGCCACAAAGGAAGGAGUACGGCUGCAGUGUGAGGCUGAAGCUGCUUCUCUCAGACCUGCAGUCUGGUGGCAGGACAGCACUGAAAAGAUCCUUGAUGCUGAGGAGCCUCAGGUCUCAGAAAAAGGAGGUCGUUACUACGUGACCCUCCUCAUUACUGUGACCAAGAGCGACCACUUCAGCUGUGUGGUCGCACAGCGGGAAAUUCACCAUCAGGCGGCUGCUCAGACCUUCGUGCCCUUUUAUGAGGACUCGAGCAGCAAAGUCCUGACUGGAUGGUUGGCUGGAUUCUUUUUGGGAACAGCAGUUCUCGGUGCAGUUCUAGCUUUGCUCAGGUGUACAAAGUGCAUCACUCUGAACUUUAAUAAAGGUUCUUGUCAGCAGAGGAAAGGUUCUACUGCAAGUUCUGCAGACGAGCCACUCAAUUCACUUGCCUGAAACCUUUACACCUGUUCACCGGCUGUAAAGGUGUGUGUGUGUGUGUGUGUACACUGUAUUCUGUAAAUAUUUAUCUGCAGCCUCAGAGGACAGCUUUGUGAAACUCGCUCAGAUUUUGGUUAAGUUUACCACACGACAAUCAGCAGCUUUCCAAACGUUUCUGAUGCGAUGACUCUUUUUGUUACGGCACUGAAGUUUAUUCGCUGCCUUUAGUGUUUAGAGUUCGUCUCCUUUUGUGUUUUGUUUGUAUUUUCUCCUCACAUGCUGGUGUCCUUUUAGACACAAAGCUGAGCUGUCCUCUGGAAGCUGCAUAUCAACACCAGAAUAAGCAAACUGUUUGAGGACGAGUUGAUAAAACUUAAAAGGACCAGAUAAAACAAAAGUUUCAGAGAUCAUAUUGAUCCUAUCAGAUCCAUACAGAACAGUAUAUAUAGUUUUAUAAACUGUAUAUAACAUAACAUUUAUUUAUUAUAUAACAUUUUAACCAAGUUGUGCCUUUUAAACAAGUGCAACAGCUGAAAGUUGAAGCAGUGAGGGUUGACACCAUGAACGUUUAGCAUUAGCAAUGUGAAUAAGCUGUUGACAGGUGACUGAAUUCAGUCCUGAAUCAUGAAGAUUUUAAUAUUCAAAGAUUUUUUGGAUGUGAGAGUUUUAAACAUAAAGAUUCCAGCCAAAGAAAAAAAUGGAGACAAAAUCAGACAUGAAGGUGCUGACUCGGCUAACUCAGGACGUCACUUAACUUAUUCUUGUUGGCAAUAUUUUUUAUUGCUCAAGAGUGAAUGUUUUACCAAAAGAACUUUAUAUAUGCACUGAAGACGGGUCAGUUUGCAUCACAUUUCGUACACCAUUACCUGCCUUCUGUGGUGUCGUUUCAUGUUUCCUGACUGUCAGUGUGAAAGUCUGGUACUCAUCCUGUCCGCACUACAAACAGUUUGUACAUGUGGUGUACGAGUACGACAAGAUCAAGACGUGUGUGUGUUUGUCCGUCUUAUUUAUUUGUUGUUCUCAGUUUAUUUGUACUGACAGAUUUCAUACUGCACUGUGAUUGGUCAGCUGACUUUGCCAAGUCGUGUUUGGCACAUGUGGUGACAGCAUUUCAUCUGUGUGUUAUUACAAAUGAAUUAAUAAACACAUGCAGUGGUUGGA